AGUAGUCAGUAAGACGUGCGGAGUACAACACUGUUUUAGAAAUUGUUGGAUAGGUUUUAAUAAAUACAAACAAAAAUGCUUGCCGAAAAUGACCUCAGAUUUUCGCAGUGAAGAUAUUACGCCGGCUUCUUCAAACUACAAUACCGAUUCCGACGAUUUUGAUGACGAUCUAGUUCCGCUACGAUGCUGGGAUUGUAACAUCAACUUUACGGCCAGGGAAUACCUCUACAAGCACCUGAUCCAUCACGUGAGACAGCCGUACGUCAACAUUGAACGUUUGCAACUCCCUCCGCUAAAAAUUACCCUCAAAACAAGGGGCGACAACAACUUCGAAAUCGUACACAGCCCCCCGACGGCAACACCGCCCCACGCGGCUGGGGACCUCGACGAGGACAAAGCAGAAGCAAAACUGGCACUAGGCGGUUUAUCUGCGGAGACGCAGUCUAUAAAAGAGGAGCUUAAGGAGCCGGAAAAUGACGAGUGCGAAACGAACGUGCGUUUUUCGCCGAAUUUCGUCGCCGUGCCGCAGGAAGCAGAUUCGCCAGCUUCUUCGCCAGCUUCAAAUUCAGGCACGGACAAAGAUUCCAGUUCUUCGGCAACGGAUCCGAUAGCGGGCGCGGAAACCCCGGAGUAUGGGAACGUUCCGGGGGCGGAACCGACGCCGCCGCCGGAGCCGUCGCCGGAUUAUCCGAAGAUACGGAUCAAAACCACCGGAUUGUUAAAGGAACCGCAGGGUUGCACGAUAACCGAGAUUACAGACGACAAUCCGAAUGGCGAUCCGAAUAUCGAUUUUUUCGCAUUUUCAGGCCAAAACAAUGAAAAUAACAUGUGGAACGCACCUUCUUUAGAAGAUCCUUUAAAAAUUACUGAUCUUAAUGACGACAACAAUAUUAUGGCCCUUUUUAAUAACAAUGACAAGGCUAAAGAUUAUGGUUUUUGCACGAGUGAUAGUGAAUACAUUUCUCUGGACAGACUAGGGGACAAUAACAGAGGGGCUAUGCAAUUGUACAACCCAAACAACUCUGUAGUGCCAACUUCAAGCAGCAACAAUCCAUUGGAUUCUUUGACAGGGUUGCCAAUGCAAGCAUUGGCACAGCAGGUCUCCAGGUUGCAACCUUCGGGAAGUUCAAAUCAAUUGCACCAGCAGAAUGUUUUGAUCAAUAUUCAGCAAUUUCCUGCACCUCCUCAGCCUCAAUAUCAACCCCCAAUGUAUACUCAUCAUCCACAGCCCCCCAUGUAUCCCCCAUAUCAGUACCAGCCGAACAUGUACUAUCCGCCUGCUCCUCCUGGCUACCCGCCGCAGCACAUGCCGCCCCCGAUGCAACCGCCGCCGCCUCAAAUGGCGGGACCGCCGGGCGUGCACCCGCAUCCGCAGCAGCCGCCGCCCCCACGCGGACAAGGUUCGCCUGCCUCCAACCAGAACCAGCAGCUUCAACCGCAGGGUCAAGGCUACCGCCAGCCGAUGCCGCCCAGGCAGCCCGCCCCGCGCCAGCAGAACCCGGGGCAGCGAAUGUCGAUGGCGCCCCGUCAGCCAGGCAUGGGCGCACGCGGUCCCAACGCACCGCGCCAGAGGGCGCCGAUGAUGCGUCCGCGAGGUGCCGCGCCCAUCGGGCCGCAGGGACCGCGGGGCGUCCGGCCUCGAAUGGGCGUGCCACAGAACGGGCAGGUUCGACCGCAUAAUUCGCCGGUUAAGCGAACGCCGGAGCAGAUGGCGCAGCUGCAGGCCAAAAAAAAGAGGUUAGAUUUGCUGACGCCCGACAAGGACGACGACGAUUGUCAGGUGAUUUCCAUACAGCCGAAAAAUACGGAUGGAGGGUUGCCGCAAAUCGAGAGUGUUCAGGGUGGCACCACCGAACCGGCGGAGAACAGCAUUAUGCACCUUUCGGACUCGAUCACGUUGUCGGUUCGAAACCCGCCGCCGAAACCAGUGGAGGUGGUAAAAAAAUCCGACGCGAGCGCCGUCGCCAACAUUCUGGCGACGCGCGGCAUCACCGUCACCGCCACCGCCAAACCGAAGGAGAUUACUAAGUCGACGGCGGCGCCCGCCCUACCUGCCUCCCUGAAUCUCAACGGCGCCGUCAGCAUCCUGCCCGCCGCCAAGACCAACGGCAAUACUGCGAAGUCUUCUGAAGCAUUACCAACCGUAGACUUAACAGACGACACCCCAGUACCAAGCCCCAUAAAACAGUCGACAAACUCCCCUCAAAAGCAACGCCCGGGGCUGCCCUAUCGCUGCGACCUCUGUCCCGCGCAAUACCCCAACGCGCUUGGCUUAAACAAGCACCGGCAAAGUUACCACAAGACGACGGGCGGCAUGCCUGAGCUGGGUAUCCCCCUUGUAAACCUAAAACAAAAUGGCAUCAUGCAAAAGUUGGGGCAGUUGGGCAUCAAUUUGUACAUCCCGUUGCCCAGCAGCGGCGGCGACGGCAUGUUCGGCCUCCCGAUCAUCAAUACACGGAAUCCCGGAAACGUUUCCGCCCUCGGCGCCACGCAGAUGCUGAGUUUAGGCCCCGUUCGGAACAUUCCUAAGCCGGCCUCCAAUAAUAACGUUGUCAACAGAGCGCAGCAUCCUCAAAAACCUUAGAUUUUAGAUCUAUGUUGGAAAAAAUCGCGUUUUUGGGAUUCUCGAUCGUAUUUUAAUAUUAAUACCACAAACAUCUUUAGAUUAAUCCCUAAAGAUGUCUCUGGCGAAGAGGCGAAACGAGAGUCUAAACCCAAAAAUGUCGUUUUUUAAGUACAUAUGUAUACUAAGUAUAUUUAUUUGCACUACUAACAUAUUCACCAUGUUUUGGUGUUUUUGAUUUAGGGCGAGAAAAAUAUAUUUUAGGUUAUGGACAAGUGUAAUUGAAGAUAUCUCGAAAAGUUUUUAGUUUGCCUUAUAAAAAUUACUCCAUAAACUACAGUUCUAUCCUAAACAUUUUUCUUGCCUUAAACUCCCCCAAAGUAUUAUUUUUUGUAUUUUUAUAGAAAAAGACUAAUUUUAUUUAAGAGAUAUAUAUUUUGUGUUCUCAUAGACUGAUAUGUUUCAUUACUCUGUGCAAUUGUUAAGAAGCGUUUUAGCUUGAGCUGUAAAUAUAAUUAUUACUAUUAUUAUUAUUUAAAAACGUAACAUAAAAUUACGUUUUUUUUGGAUCUAAGUGCUUCAUUUCAUGGAAUUGUCUCCAUUUAAUGUACAAUGUUUGUGAUAAUAAAAU